AUGGAUUCGGGAUGUGAACUCCCAGAGGAUGACGAUGGCAUUCCCAUGGACCAUCUAUUGGGCAUGCCCCGGCCUGUAGACAGCAACGAGCCUGUGGACCUCCCCAGUGAUGUGGAUUCUAGCAGCCUAAAUGAAGAGGACCUGGAGCUUCCACCAGAUAUUGAGGAUGAAGCUUUGCCGACAGAGCCUGUGCAAUGCUGCAGACGACAGUGCGUCAACAAUUUCAUGGCUUCUCCAAGCUUGGUGGCAAAACAGCAGGAGUGGCAGGAGAAGCUGAAGACUUUAGCUGGCCCAGAGAAAAAACAAUUUCUGUUCUCCAUGGAUGGCCAUAUUGGUCAGCGUGGCCCGGGAUGGAAAUUUGCUGGGGAGCGUGUUUGCUUGGAAGCCUUUGUCAGAAUCACUGGACUUUCAAAGAGAUCUGUCAAGCGCUUUGCACAACACGCAGCCAAUGGGCAUUUGGAAGCGCCCCCAGAUCUUCGACAAGACCGUCCUAUUCGGGACAACCCAAAAAAGGACCAUGCGCGAGCAUUUUUCACCUAUUUGUACACCCACUUAGCUGAACCUCUGGCUGAAGGUGAAGCCGAGCCGGAGGAAGAGAACCCAGAGGAUGCAGGUGUCUUGGACGAGUUCGCAUAUUUUUUCAGCCGCCACGAAGCGGCUGAGCAUCCUGUGGCUGCAGCAGCUGCUGUGAUGGAGCAGGGCCUUCCUCAGAAGUGGCUGCAUCCUAUGAAGUUUGUUGAAAUUUGGGAGAUGUACAAUUUCAUGCACGCGGACUCGGGCACGAAAGCUGGUCGCACACUUUUCAGAGAGGUGUACUUGACAGAGUGGCGCCGUUGCUUGCGCAUCCGCAAGCAAUCACAGCAUGCUGUUUGCAAAGACUGCAGCAACUUUACUCAGUUGCGCAGAACAGCUACAAAUGAAGCGGAAAAGGCAGCCAUCACUGAAGCGGCCAACCAGCAUAAGCAUGGUGUGUUUCGUGACCGUGCUGUGGGCAGAACGCUGUUGGCCAUGAGCGAGAAUUCCACCCGCCAAGACACAUGCUAUGCCCCAGAGCACGGGGUGCUCUACCUGUCCCUGGAUGGGAUGGACCAAGUAUUUGGGCAGAAUCAGAAUAUUUGCAUUUUCUUCAUGUCUUUCAGUGGCCAAGUACCAAUUUUCGACUUUGGUAUUUCUGCUGAGUCGGAGAAGUACUGGAGGCCUUCGUGCCAUUUGGUGUGCUGCAUUGCACACGGGGUGGUGGAAUGCUACUACCUCAUGAAUGGUGACUUGCGCAAGGAUAGCAACAUGAACAUCACCUUGAUGCAGAGGACCAUUGAGGUUGCGCAGAAGAUCCUGGAUGACCGGGGUGUCACCAUGCCAGAGAACAUAGUACUUCAGGCCGACAACACAUGCAGAGAGCAACGCAAUCAGCAUGUGUUCCUGUGGCUGGCAUGGCUGACGGGCAAGAAGCAAUGGAGCUCAGUGUCGCCAUUUUUCUACAUUCCGGGGCAUUCCCACUUUGAAGUGGACCAAAGAUUUGUGGUUGUGGCAGAUUUUGCAGAUUGCAUCAAGCGUGCGGUAAAUCCUUCACGAGGGCGGGAUAUGCAUGUGGAGCAUAUUGAAGCCUUCUAUGAUUGGCAACAUUUCCUCGAGCCGCUACGGAUGAAGCUGUCAGGGCUUGCUAUCAUAGAAGGCGAGCCAGAGGUAAACUUUGGCUUCCGAAUGGAGUUGCAAGCAGAAGGGGAUCCCCAUGAUGAUGAUGUAUUCCUGCUAUGCAAGCAUUGGAUGCACUCAACGAACCUCACCCAGGCACCAACUCUGAUUCUUCCACACCAACGCUUGAGCAAUCUGGACACGGACAACCCCAGAAAGGUGUUGGAGACAAACCCCAUGGGAGACCGAAUGUUGUCAGAGCUUCGCAAGACUGCUGCUUUCAUCAGACAGCGGCCUUGGGGUUUGGAGCGGGGGGCUGCCUACUUGGAGAAAUUGUGCGAUGACAAUGAGUCAAGGCACUUGCAUCGACCACCACCCUUGGCUAAAUUGACUGAAAGAAUUUGCCAUUCUUGGGGAGAGGCUGGCCCGGCAGACUUGCUGAAUUUUGCACCUGGCACGCCACGCCAAGUCACGGCAACUUUCUUGAAGCCACGCGAGAAGGAGGCUCAGGAGGAGGGCGAGGAUCUGCCACAAGGGCAUGGACGAGGGCGUGGACGAGCGCGGGGACGAGGGCGGGGACGAGGGCGUGGCCGAUCUGGUGGAGCAGAACGGGACGCUGCAGAGUCAGAGGAGGCAGCUUGCUCUUGA